AUGAGGCACAGAAACAUGAGGCACAGAAACAUGAGGCACAGAAACAUGAGGCACAGAAACAUGAGGCACAGAAACAUGAGGCACAGAAACAUGAGGCACAGAAACAUGAGGCACAGAAACAUUGAGUCAAGUCACCGCAGCAAGCCAACUAGCCGUCCAUUCACCUGCAAGCCAUCUAGCCGUCCAGCAUCCAGCAGUAAGCCAAGUAGCCGUCAAGUAACAAGCAGCAAGCCAACUAGCCGUCCAUUCACCUGCAAGCCAUCUAGCCGUCCAGCAUCCAUCAGUAAGCCAAGUAGCCAUCAAGUCACCAGCAGCAAGCCAACUAGCCGUCCAUUCACCUGCAAGCCAUCUAGCCGUCCAGCAUCCAGCAGUAAGCCAAGUAACCAUCAAGUCACCAGCAGCAAGCCAACUAGCCGUCCAUUCACCUGCAAGCCAUCUAGCCGUCCAGCAUCCAGCAGUAAGCCAAGUAACCAUCAAGUCACCAGCAGCUAG